AUGGCGGGCUCCUCUACAGAAAUGGAUCCUGAUCUGGCCCGGCAGCUGUUCUUUGAAGAAGCCACACUUGUGAUUUUGGGUGUUCCAGAAGGUUCGGAAUUCGGUAUAGACUUAAACAGCUGGGAAGUUGGUCCUCGUUUCCGAGGGGUGAAGAUGGUACCUCCAGGACUCCACUUUAUCCACUAUAGUGUGAAGAGGCUGAGGGGAGCUGCUGGGGAAACUGGGCCACGUUCUGGCAUUUUCUUCUUCCUGGAGCAGAGGGCCAUCCACCUCCUGCGAUUGGAUGCUCAAACAGAGGAGAUGGUUGCUACCUCCAAAGAGGAGGCUGAAAAUCUACGGGAAGAGCUUCCUUCCUUAGAUCCAUUCCUGGGGCCGUAUCCUUAUGAAAGCAUGCGUCUCUGGGUAUCCUUAACAAGCCACAUUACUAAAGAAGAUAUGCUAAGGUUGCAGCCUGCCUGUGGGACAAUAUACUCCUUCCCAGAGGUCCUUCCUACUGAGAAGAUGACCCACACAGAGGAUCGGGCUAAGCACAACUUGCCCAGAUACGACACGAUGUGUCAGAACUAUAAGGAGGGCAUGUCAAGACUUCCACAGAUGAAACAAAAAGAAGGAACGGAGAUCCGCUUUAGCACACUUCCGGAGAAAAUGUACCCAAAGAAUGCUACUCCCGCUGAAGUCACACAGCACAGCAUGGACCUGUCCUAUGCCCUAGGGCAGCUGAUAGAUGAAUUCUACCCAGAAAAGCCUUUUUAUAUACUAGCUGAACUGCAGUUUGCCUUUGUGUGUUUCCUCCUGGGAAAUGUAUAUGAAGGGUUUGAGCAGUGGAAGGGUUUGCUGGACCUUCUGUGUCGAGCAGAGACCUACUCCCUACAGCACCCAGAUCUGUACAGUGAGCUUAUCUCCGUCCUGUAUCACCAGUUGUCCCAGGUGCCCACAGACUUCUUCAUAGACAUUGUGUCUCAGAACAACUUCCUGACCAGCACUUUGCAGGUUCUGUUCUCAUUCUUGUGCUCUCAGUCUAAGAAUAAAGACCUGAAGAAGAGAGCCAUCCGAUUCCGAGCCCAUCUUACCAAGAAAUUUCAGUGGGACUUUGAAGAGGAGCCUCUGGACUGUGCUCCAGUUGUUGUCCAGCUCCCCGAGGAUUGGGAAAGUGAGAAAGGAGACCAAAACACAACCCUAGAAGGAAAGAAUGAGACCGCCCUCCCUUCAUAG